UGCUAUCCAGACAUGAGAUUCAGAGCCAAGUGCAGCAUCACAGGGGGACCUGCAGCAGAAUCAAACUGAAUCAGCUGUCUGGCUGCACUUCCACACAGAAGUACAACAAAGCUGCAGAAUUACUCUGGACACGCAGUAGACAAUGUACUGCUUGAAGCUCCCUACUUUGUUGAUGUUACUCUCUGUAGCUCUGAACUGUCUUAACACCGCACCAACAAACAGAUACUCCACUGUUUCUAGGGAACAAUUGGAUAUAGAUCCACAGAGGGAGAACUGGUUGUUUCCUGGCUUUUCCAAAAAUUCAUUUCUCAGUUUUUCUGCUGCAUUUCCAGUAAAGGAACCACUAACAGAAACCAGCCAUCACAUGGAAAAACGGAAGUGUAACACAGCAACGUGUGUGACGCAACGCUUGGCAGACUAUUUAAUCCGAUCAAGCAGCAACAAGGGCAUGCUAUAUGCUCCAACAAAUGUGGGCUCUAACACCUAUGGCAAGAGGGACAGCAUGGAACCAUUGAUUCAAGAGCCUUUGAAAUAUCUACAAUAUUAGCGGAGAAUGUAGGGCCCUUCCAACAAUGUAUAACAUAUAUUAUUUUCUUUGUAAAAUAAAAUGCGAGAUAUA